AUGACAGAGCUUGAUGAAAAGGGAAAGGAGUUGCAGGCGACCAGAGGGGAGGUCGCCCACCUCAAGGAGCAAGUGCGCGCCGUGAGAGACAAGCACGCGGGCGACGUCGCUCAGCUCAAGGAGGCGUUGAGCGUCGCAAAUGCUCACCGCGCGGCCGAGGUCCGCCGACUCGCGGAUGAGCAUCACGAGGCACGCACCGCGCAUGGCAAGGAGAUGAAAGCAGAGCGCACGUCCGAGGAGGAGCACGCGGAUGGCGUCGCUCGGCUCAAGGAGAAGCACGCGGCUGAGGUCGGCCGACUAGCAGACGACAAGGCAGAGCGCGCGGCCGAGGUGGCUAAGCUCCAGGACGAGCACGCUGCUGCUGUCGAUCGGCUCAAGGAGGAGCACGCGGCCGACGUCGCCCGCGUGAAGGACGGCGCGGACAAGGAGGUGCAGGAUGCCAAGAAGAACUUCGUGCUCCGCCUCUUCCCAAAACUGGACGUCUCACUGCUGGAACGACCAAAGCUCAAGGGAGAUCACGCUGCUGCCGGAACGCCCAAAGCUCAAGGGAGAUCCUGA